AUGGCCAAAAGGGUUUGCACAGAAGGAGCAAACUGGUCCAACCUUCCGACUGAUCUCUUGCAGUCAAUUGUGAAGGAGCUCAAUUGUGAGGACAUGACUCGCUUCAAAGCUGUUUGUCUUUCUUGGAACAUAGCUGUCAGAUCCCACAUGUCUUCUCUCAUUCCUUCCAUGUUGACUUGUACCACAAGCAAUGAACAACAACACCACGAAAAACACCACAAAGCCAAGAUCUCUUUUAGCCGCUUCUUUAGUCUAACACAAAACAAAGUUUACGAGGUUAAGAAAGUUUUUGGAAGAUUUUCUGAUUUUUGUUGUGUGGGAUCGUCAUGUGGUUGGUUGGUGAUUUUGGAUGCCAAAAAGGAUCCUAAGCUUCAUCUUGUUGAUCCAUUCACGGGAUUUGAAAUCGGCGGAUUUCCAUCGGUGAGGUCUCUAUUCCCUGAAAGGAUAAGAAGAAGAGAAGAUAUGAUAGCCAAAGCUAUACUCUCCUCCGAUCCAUAUGUUAAUAACAAGUUCGUGGUUGUGGUCAUGCAUUCAUUCUCACAAGGAAUUGCAUUUUGUGAGCAAGGAGAUAAGCAAUGGACGGAAGUGAGUGAGAGUGAGCAGGAUGACCAAGAGCAGGAUGACGAAGACAAGCAUUACUGCGAUAUAAUACACCACAAUGAAAAGCUAUAUGCUUUGACCCUCGAAUUAGGCCAAGUUGAAGUUUGGAAAUUGCAAUUGCAGCGUCAUGAUCGUGGAAGUAGUCCCACGAAAUUGUUUACCAUUGAAUGCUUGACAGUUUUAGAUGAAUGGAGAACAUACGGAUUGGAUUUGUAUAGAUUGAAUACCAUGUGCUAUAAGGUUCGGUGUCAUUUGGUUGAAUCAUCGUCGGGGGAGAUUUUGCUUGUGUUGCGAUUGGUAGGCAAAUAUGAUAACAUGAGCAGCAUUGGUUUUAUAACACGUCGAUUUGCUGCUUAUAAACUGGAUUCUAGCGGCCAAGGUUGGGUAUCUAUCAUGUCUGUAUCCGAUCGAGCUAAGCUUAUAGCUGAAUAUCAGCAUUGUGUAGAAUAUGAAAGAUACUCAACAUACAAUAGUGAUGAUUAUUUAACCCAAUCCUUGAUUCGUUUGGAUUAA